AUGCUUAAAAUUGCAGCAGUCAUUUUGUUGACGCUGAGGACGUGUACGCCCAGUGUCGUCUUCACACGACAACCAGACGUGCAGGUCACAUAUGGAGACGAAGGGCCGAGAGAGUACUUCGCUCCCACAGCAGAACAGUUGGCACGGGGAAAGAUAACUCCAAAACACAAAACUCAGCCGAUGGUGGGACCUUUGACCCAUGGUAGUAUACCCGAUGAAAGGAGCGAAGGAGGUGAAAGUGAGAAAAAAAGUAGUGAAAAAGUCAGCCCUAAGGCAAGCGAUGUUGAGAACGAGGAUGGUACAGUGGUUGAAGUAUUACACCAACCAGAGGCGAGUGGGGCACCUGUUGUUGCAGGUGAGGAAAGCACAUAUAUAGCAGCACAAAAGUCAAAAAGAACAAAAAAACAAUAG